AAGCAAAACCGGAACCUCCAGAGCAUGCGCGUUGCUGCAACCCGGCCCGUCUCCUCCGCUCCCGUCCUCGCCGCCCUAGCCCUUCUCCUCAUCGGCUCCGCCUCCCUCGCGACCGGAGCCAUGGCCGGCCACGUCCUCGGCGGCAAGACCGACACCCCCGCCGCCGCCAACAGCCUCGAGACCGACGGCCUCGCCCGCUUCGCCGUUGACGAGCACAACAAGCACCAGAACACGCUCCUAGAGUUCGUGCGGGUCGUGGAGGCCAAGGAGCAGGUGGUGGCCGGCACCGUGCACCACCUCACGCUCGAGGCGCUCGAGGCCGGCAGGAACAAGAUCUACGAGGCAAAGUUCUGGGUCAAGCCCUGGCUCAACUUCAAGGAGCUGCAGGAGUUCGUCCACACCGGGGACGCAACCUCAUUCACCACAUCCGACCUCGGCGCCAAGAAAGGUAUGCCCACCGCUCGUCCGAUCGCCGCGAUCUGUUGUACGUUACUUGGUGGUAGGUGCUACUCGGGUUGUGCUUGUUUGCUCGUACCUAUGUGACUGAAAAUGAAUACUUG